AUUAACUGAAAGGACCGAUGACGUCGGCUCUGUCAUGUGAUCAGUGCCCCAUCAGUGCCACCUGUCAGUGCCCAUCAAUGCCACCUGCUAGUGCCCAUCAGUGCCACAUCAAUGCCACAUAUCAGUGCCCAUCUGAGCUGCCUUUCAGUUCCACCUAUCAGUGCCAGACGUUGCCGCCUAUCAGUGCGCAUCAGUGCCGCCUAUCAUUGCCCGUCAGUGCUGCCUAUCAGUGCCCGUCAGUGCCACCUAACAGUGCCAGUCAGUGCCACCUACCAGUGCCGCCU